UCUAUGUAUGUGUGUGUAGUCUAUGAUCUAGCUGAUAAAUAACCUUCGUUAAAGAUUUUUAAUGAAAUUUACACAAAAAGUAAUGCAAAAAUAACUUUAAAAUACACAUUAUUGUCAUCCACUGAAUAUUCCGAUAUUAAAAUGUCUGCAACUUUGAAGCCUUAUUUGACCGCAGUUAGACACACCCUAACUGCCGCUAUGUGUCUCAAAGAUUUUUCAUCUCAAAGGGUAGAAAGGCAUAACAAACCAGAAGUUGAGGUGAGAUCCAACAAGGAACUGCUACUUACACCAGUCGUCAUUUCGAGAAACGAAAAGGAAAAAGUAUUGAUCGAGUCAUCCAUCAACUCUGUCAGAAUAAGCAUCGCUGUUAAACAAGCCGAUGAGAUCGAGAAGAUACUCUGUAAGAAGUUCAUGAGAUUCAUGAUGAUGAGGGCCGAGAACUUUAUCGUAUUGAGGAGAAAACCCGUAGAAGGAUAUGACAUAAGCUUCUUAAUCACGAAUUUCCACACCGAACAGAUGUACAAACAUAAAUUGGUCGAUUUUGUCAUCCACUUCAUGGAGGAAAUCGACAAGGAAAUAUCCGAGAUGAAAUUAGCUGUGAAUGCUAGAGCUCGAAUUGUAUCGGAAGAAUUCCUGAAGAGAUUUUAAUGUAAUUUAAUGAUAGCUCUAAGUUUUUAUACGAUUCUGCCUUUAUAAUAUAUAUUUCACAAAUUUAUAAGUUAUUCCCAUUUUAAUGUAUAGAUUAUGUUAUAAGAUUAAAUUUUGUUUAUUUAA